GUUGACCAAAUUUAAACAACAUAUUUUAAAAAAUAUACAAUUAUGGUCAGUAUUUCAAUAUAAGCUUCCAAUUUUUAUCGAUAAAGACCAUUCAAAACAUUACCAUGGCUUCUAUCAGGAUAUCGUGUCUCCUGAUGGGACUGCUCACAGUCUUCUUGGGAACCGAAGUCCAUUCUUAUGCAGCAUCUUUUGGAAGCUUGGCUCACACCGCAAGUGCAACAGCGACUACAACUACCCGUUCAGUUACCACUACAACAAGAGUUGUUAGAAAAAGAACAUGGGCUACACAAAGUUCAAACAAAGCGUUUAACAUAAAUAUGUUAGAUAUGUGCCACAGAUAUGGUUAUAAUGUUGACGGUCAGUUUGUUGUACCUGAAUUUAUGAAAUUACUCAACGCACUUAACAGGGCGCAAUGUCAUAUGGCAUCGGAAAUAUUAUACCCUAGAGACUAUUGUCUGUCAAUAAAAGAUGAAGACAAAGUUGAUUUAAUAGUUAUUGGUUCUGGCACAGCAGGAUCAUUACUAGCUGCUAAGCUAAGUGACAAUAGAGAUCUUAAAGUGUUAUUAUUGGAAGCUGGAAAUUUACCUCUAAUGACAUCUGAAAUUCCCGGACUCUGGGCCGACUCCAUUGGAACUGAAAUGGAUUGGAAAUAUUUCGCAGUAGCAGACGAAACUUUUGGUCAAAGCUUAGAUGGAAAAAAGGUGAAUGUUAUUCGAGGAAAGUGCCUUGGUGGAACUACAGCAAUGAAUAAUAUGUUGUAUGAUAGAGGAUUAGAAAAAGAUUACCUCUAUUUAGAAUCCAUUGGUUUGACAAAAUGGGGAUGGAAAUACGCUUUAAAACUUUACAAAAAGUCCGAGGACUGCAAAUUUGAAAAAAUUACUACAAGUAAAACAGUUAAAAAUUUCCACAGCCAAGGCGGAAAAGUAAGUGUUGACUCAUUUAGAAAUACUAGAACAUUAGGUAUUAGACAAAGCUUUUCAAAAGCUAUAUCUUCAUCCAACCUUAAAACAGUGGAUUACUUUGAUGUAAAAAAUCACAGAGGUUUUGUUUCCUCUAUCGCUAUGAUUAAAAAUGGUUUACGUUUAAACGCAGCAAGAGCAUUCUUGACCGAUGCUAAUAGAAAAUAUAAUUUGAGAGUAGCACUGAAAUCAACAGCUAAGAGACUACUUUUUGAAGACAACAAAGUUGUGGGCGUUGAAUUUGAAAAUUCAAUAGGAGAACUAAUUAAGGUCAGAGUUACCGAAGGUGUAGUUUUAAGUGCAGGUCCAAUCGGAUCUCCUCAACUUUUAUUACAAUCAGGUAUUGGACCUAAGUCUUUACUUAACUCAUUGGCCAUUCCAGAAGUAGCUGUAAACGAAAGAGUGGGCUCUAACUUACAAGCUCAUGCCAGUUUCUUGGGUAUGAUUGUAUCUUUUGAAACUCAACCACUAAAAGCAUACUCUAUCAGUGAAAUGGUUUAUGAAUAUUUAUUGAAACAGAGCGGUCCUUUAGCCAACAUUGGCUUAUCUAGUUUCACUGGUUUUAUUGAUGUCAAUGAAGAUGGAACUCCUGACGUCCAAAUUCAUUUUUACUAUUAUUCGGAAGAUGAUACUGUCUUUAUGCCUUCUCAAUUAGACGCAUUUAAUUUCAAUGACAAUAUUACAGAACAAAUUAUCGACAUUAAUGAAAAUAAUGAUAUGGAAAUUGUUGGUAUUUCAUUGUUACACCCGACAAAUUCUGGAAAUGUCAUUAUUGAAAAAACUGAUAAUGGAUAUAAACCCGUAAUAAAAUACGGAUCACUUCACGAAGAUGAUGUUACUACUUUAUUAAAAGCCAUUGAAUGGUUUAAAAAAGUAUUGACCUCAGAGGCAUUUGAGAAAUAUGGCCCCAAAAUUGUACCUUUGAAAAUUGCAGGAGGUCCUGAACCAAAUGUAGAUUCUGAAGAGUACUGGAAAUAUGCUAUUAAGCAUUUAACUACAAUGAACGUUCAAAUGGCAGGUACCUGUUCAAUAGCAUUAAAUCCUUCAGAAGGAGUUGUAAAUCAAAAUUUGAAAGUUUUUGGCGUAGAAAAUCUUUGGGUAGCAGAUUCAUCAGUUAUACCAAGAAUAUUUAGCACUGAAAGUAGUGCUCCUACACUAUUUGUCGCAGAAAAAGCCAAUGACAUAAUUAAAAACCAAUUAGGUUGCAAAGGCAGUAAUGAAUCAAAUGAAGACGAUGAUGAAAAUGAAAAUAACUGAAACAAUGUUUAACAACAUUAAAAAUAGAUUUAUAAAUAAUAAAAAAUAUCGUAUUAAAACUGUACGACAACUUAAAUUAAUAAAUAAAAUAGUUGAAAUUAUGUUAAUAAACUUUA